AUGAGGGCGGUUUGUGUAAGUAAAGCAGGAGCGGCUUAAAACUUUUUUUUUUUUUUCGAAUGCGCUGGAUAUCGACAUGCGUGUUACUCAAAAGAAAACAUGGGAUUUCUUGCUUCGUGCUUGAAAUCCAUAUUCUCGAGAGCCGGGAAAACGUGAUACACGUUGUGUGACAGAUGCCAAGUUCGUUCUUUAUUCUAUGCAAAUGCUGCCUACGUGCUGACCGUGCACAUGCACGCGAGCCGGCUGUAAGCCGCAGCUCAAGUCGAGUCGGUUUCGCAGCGGCGCAUUUGACGUGGCGAGUACUAUCGUAUAUUGCCUACUGCAACCUUUACUCGAGUGCUGACGGUACGCGGUUUUCUGUGGCGCUUCCCGUCUUCCUCAAUGCGCCGUGAGGAACUCUAUUAAUAUUGAUUUAGCUAUAGCAUCAACUCACGGAGAAUGGCUAAGCUGCCGGGAACAGUGUUUCUCUUUGAUGUGGACGGAACAUUGACUAAGAGCAGGCAAGUGAUCACCAACGAAAUGUCCGAGUUUCUUCAAAGACUGAAGCGUGAUGUCGCCGUCGCUCUUGUCGGUGGUUCGGACCUGGUGAAGAUAGAAGAACAAAUGGGAGGUCCAGGUGCCGUAGCCGAGUUUGAAUACGUGUUUUCGGAAAACGGCUUGGUCGCCCACAGGAACGGUAAACUGAUCGGCAAGCAGAGCCUACUUAACUUCAUGGGAGAGGAGAAGCUGCAGAAACUGAUCAACUUCUGCCUCCGCUACGUGGCCGACUUGACUUUGCCCCAGAAGCGCGGAACUUUCGUCGAGUUUCGAUCGGGCAUGCUGAAUGUGUCGCCAAUUGGCCGCAAUUGCAGCCUCAGCGAACGAAAUGCCUUCGAAAUGUACGACAAAGAACAUGGCAUCAGAACGAAAUUCGUGAAGGCUUUGCGGGAAAACUUUGCCGAUUACAACCUGCAGUACUCCAUCGGAGGACAGAUCAGCUUCGACGUUUUCCCGCGCGGUUGGGACAAGACUUAUUGCCUUGACCAACUUGUUCGAGAUGGCUACAAGGCUAUACACUUCUUUGGCGAUAAAACCGACGAGGGUGGUAAUGACUAUGAAAUCUACGAAGACCCCAGGACCGUGGGACACUCUGUGAAAUCUCCAGAAGACACCAUGGCGCAAGUAGAGAAAACACUGUCAUCUGUGAAGAAGUCGGCGUAGGCAUUAAGGCGCUGCGUGUUUCAGGCUGAAAAAGAGAAAAUUAAUUUUUGUCGUGACAGACUUUAGGAGAAACUCUGUGAUUGCAUUUUAAUUCCAUGUUGCACUGCUAGCUAACAAUUUCAGACCAGCCUAAUUAAUAGCAUUUUGUUACUCGUAUGUUGUAACCCUGCAAUUGUAUGUUAAUUAUAGCCCUCAGCGCUCGACCUGUCCUUUCUUACUUGCCCCUUUGGCGCAACAAUGUAUUCUUUUGAAUUCAGGGAUAGAGGUUCUUUUCCAAAUAAAGUUCUGUAAAGUGUGCAGUGAUUCAUAACUGCUA